AUGGCAUACCCUAUUCUGUCUCUCUGGCUGCUGRUGACCAGGCUGGGUCCUCAUGCCUAUGGCCAAAGUGCACCUGCCCAGGAAAAUCAUACAACCCCAGUGGACGGGCCAACCUCCUCCCCCUUCCUGGACAAUUCCCACUUUGCCUUCAGCCUGUACCAACAGUUGGUGGCCCCAGACCCAGACAGGAAUGUGCUCUUCUCCCCACUGAGCCUUUCCGUUCCCCUGACGCUGCUAGCCCUCCAGGCCAAGCCAAAAGCCCGCCCCCAGAUUCUGCAAGAYCUGGGGUUUCAUCUCGCUGAGGUCCCAGAGAGCAGGUUGCAUGAACACCCCAGUCAGCUCCUGGAAGCCCUCCUGUCACCCCCGGGGGCGUGCCGGAUGGAUACCGGCAGCAUGCUCUUUCUGGGUCAGGGUCGAAACCCAAGGCGGAAGUUUGCCCAAAGAGCUCGGAGUCUGUACCGCACGGAGAUCCUCGCCACGUCCUUCAAGAACCACCGGGUGGCCAGGCAUCAGAUGGACCUGGCCAUGGAGAAGAAGACYGGGGGCAAAAUCAAGACCUUUUUUGAGGGGAUGAAGAUGCACUCGGUUUUGAUUCUGGCAAAUUAUAUAUUCUUUAAAGGGAAAUGGAAGUUCCGCUUUGACCCAAAGGACACUAGGAUCAUGCCCUUCUYGGUGAGCAAGGAGCUCAGCGUCCCGGUGCCCAUGAUGCAGAGGCUGGGCUGGUUCCAGCUGCAGUACUUCCGCCACCUCCACAGCCACGCCCUCCAGGUGCCCUGCGUCUGCAACACCACUGCUCUCUUCAUUCUUCCUGAGAAGGGGACGGUCGCCCAGGUGGAGGAGGCGCUGAUGAAGGACAAUUUGGACAAGUGGACUGARCCCUUCCCACUGAACGGCCUGAAUAUGUUUGGUUACGGCAUAGGCCUCUCGGGAAUCUCUGUGCAAACCAUCCCCAUAAAGGUCUCUAAGGCAGUGCACAGGGUGGAGCUGAUCAUGGAUGAGGAAGGGACAGAUGAGGAAAACGUCGCCAGCUUCAGGUACUUUCCCAAGCACCAGAUCCCGGCCAUUCACUUCAACAAGCCCUUCCUGCUGCUCAUCUAUAAGGAAGGCAGCCACAACCUUCUCUUCAUGGGGAAAGUGAUAAAUCCCAACGCAUCCUAG